AAUGGCCGGGUGUGUGAACAAAUGAAAUUUGCAAAGAAAAUAUUUUAAAAAUAUUUAAUAACUAAAAUAAUUGAAAAAUUGUGCGAAAAUAAAAAUUAAGUUACAUGCAAAUUUUUUUUAAAAUUUUUCAAAACUUAUACCUAAAAUAUUGUCAUUGUGAACAUCAAAAUAAUUUUUUUUGUGUGUGAAAAUUCACAAUAAUUGUUUUGCUUGGAAAAAAAGCAUAUUUAGAAGUGAGAAUAAAAAUAAGGAGUUUUACAAAAUAAAGAGUGAUAAACAAUUCAUAAAUAUAAAUAGUAUAUAGAUGAAAGUAUUUCUAGAAGAAUUCGAAAAUUAUAAACAAAAAUAAUCAACAGAAAUCUCAUAAAUAUUGCAUACUGUAUUUUUGUACAAAGAUAUUUAGUAAGUGGCGGCGGCGGUUUUUAUUAAAAGAUAGGUUGUACUCAUACAACUUGCAAUUCCUACAAAAAAUAUAUUAAUUAAUGAAAAAUGGAUGCUUUUGACGAAGUAAGAAAUAUGGGUAUACCCGAAAUUGCGGAUUCAUGUAAUACUACAGCUAAUCCCAAUAAUGGUUAUCACACAAAUACUGACUUAAAUGCUGAUGAAUAUAACGCAGAGGAUAUAAAUUACAAAAAUGAUAAUUCAACGGCGGAAGAAUAUCAACCAAUUGAACAAGAAAAUCAAAACACUGAUGUCGCUGACCUUGAAAUAACUAAAGAAGAAGAAAAACUUAAUAGCGAAGAACAACCUUUAAUUGAAGAGCCAACAAUUGAAAAAGAUCCUGAGGAAAAUGGUGAUGAAGAUGGGGAAGAAGAAGAUAAAGAUACAAACGAAAAAAUAUCAAAUGGAUUAGAUACAGAGGAAAAAGAUGAAACUGUUGAUAAGGAAGAAGAGGAAACAACAGAGGUGGAUACAAUAAGUAGACGGGAAAAGGAAUCAAAAAAUUAUAAAGAGGAUGAUGAUGAAGAUGAUGAUGAUCAAUUGCCAUUGGCCAAACGAAUGACUAAUUCUAAUAAAAAACAAUCUGGUAAUUCAAAACCAUCGGUUGUAAAACGUGGGCCUCGGGGUCCUUACAACAAAAAUAGAAGUAAACUUGAACCUAUAGCUCCUACAGAAACCGAAAGCGGAGAUGGACUCGAUGAAAAUCAAUGCCGAGUUUGUUUAGUUAAAGAAGAUUUAAUAAGUAUAUUCAAAACAGAUAAUAAACUAUCAAUAGCUGAUAAAUUAAUGAAUGUAUGCUCAGGAAUUCGCAUACAACGUAAAGACUUUUUGCCUCAAUUUAUAUGUAAUACAUGUAUGCAAAGUGUUCAAGUCGCUUAUAAUUUGAAGGUGCUAUGUGAAACUACAGACAAAGAUCUGCGCAGUAAAUUAUCGAGAAGUAAAAAGAAAAUGCGUCGUCCAGCAACGGAGUAUGUGUUAUUAGACGCUACAAAAUUUCCGAGUGAUGAAAGCGACAACGAUCUUGAAGAUAACGAUGAUGAAUUCAAACUGUCAAAUGAAGAAGUUGUGAAAUCUUCAGGCACUGAUCCAACUGAUUCGGGUUCUGACUAUGGCAGUAGAAGGAGAUCAAGGCGCGUUCGAACAAAAAAGCCCCAAAAGAAAAAACGUGAAAUAAUAAAACCAAUAAUUAUUGCAUCACCUCCUCCACCAGUGAAAUCUGCAGCUAGGCCCACACCAGUAGCAAAAAAGCCGGGAUCAACGAAUUCUGCUGCAAAAAGAAAUCGUAAAGAAUCAUCUUCGCCAGAGAAACGCCCUUCAGCCGAUUUUAGCAGUGGCAGUGAAGACAAUUAUACUCCACCAGCUCGUAAGCGUAAGGAAGUUAAAAAUAAAAGUGGAUCUACUCCUAUUAAUGCACCAAAAGAAGCACAAUGCCCUUAUUGUAAUGAAAUCCUACCUUCGCAGAGUGCCCUAAUAAAACAUAAAAAAACGCAUAGUAAUCAACCAUUAAAUUGUGAAAUGUGUGGCAAAUCAUUUAAACUAUUAGCGGCGUACCAAGCUCACGUUGAAAAGCAUAAAACUGAUGGCGAUUCAUUGAAAUGUGAUAAAUGUGAAAAAACCUUUACAAAAUUAGUUGAAAGAAAACGCCAUAUGAUUGAAGUUCAUAAUGAGAAACCUGAAACAUUCCCCUGUGAAAAAUGUAAACGCGUUUUUGCUUUAAAGAAAACUCUAGAACGACAUCUUGAAGAUGGUAAAUGUCCCGGACCCAAACCACCACGACCGCCUGUACCGACACCAGUAAAAAAAGCAAAAUCUGAUGUUGAAAAUUUAACAUUGGGACGAGAUUUAUUUAAAUGUGUCGCACCCCUAACAACAACAUACUGGAGCGACAGUUUUUCGGAAUAAAGUGGAAAUAUUUCUGAUAUUUUUAUUUUCUAAUUUUAAUAACUUCUUUUUUCUUUCUUUCUGCAUAAAAGAAACUUUUUUAAAAUGUUGCAUACUACGAAAAAAAUUUUUUUUUAAAACAUUUUGGUCGUAUUGGUAGACGUAACUAUAUACGUGAAAUUAUAAGUAUAUUAAUUUUUCAUAAUUUGAGAAAAAACAAAUUUCGAAUUUAAUUUUUGUACAUAGAUUUGAUAAAACACCAGAGAUGUGAAGCUCAUUUGCACAUAGAAAUUUUUAGCAUUAAAAUUUUAUAAAUUCAUAAGAAAAUGAAAAUUUUAAAUCAUUAAGAAAAUUACUACAAUUUUGGUCAUUUUGUUAUGACUAAAAUUCAAUAAUAAAAAAAAAAUUUAAUACUUUUUUUUUAAUUAGUUUUAAAAAUUGAUUAUUUUGCUUUUAGGCUUUAGUUUUUGUUAUUAAAUUAAGGAUUUA